AUGUCCAUCCUACUCCUCCCCGCAAGGACGGCUCGGAAGGCUCCAUGGAAUGUCCGAUCGGCCUAUUGGAGGCCCUUACUCGUACCCACCGUGAUACACCCACUGCACUACCGCUCCUUUUCUUCUCCACCUCCUACUUACAAUACCUCUCACUCACACAACUCCAACUCGGACCCUAAACUACCACACGACGAGUCGCGGUGGGCGGAUGUGAAGUCGUCGGUGCUGGUCCUACUCAGCGUCUGUUCAGCAAUCCUCCUCCCCACAAAGGCUGUCUCCAAUGAAUCCAAGACACCCCCCACACAAAGACCCGUCCUAGAACUCAAGGUCGAUCCAAGGGACCCCAAGGAGCAGGAAAAGGAAAAAGAAAUUGAAAAGGACAAGGACAAGAUCAAACUACCUAGCCCCCUCCCCGACAUCCCAAUCCCCAAAGUAUCACUCGAUGACCUCAUGGAAAAGGUUCACGAUCUGGGUCAAAAGAUUGGCGAAGAGAUCAAGGGACGUGUCCCUACCCUCGGUGAUUACUUCAAUGCUGUCGAUACUAUCAGGAAGGAGUUACAGCUCGGUGACGGAUCGCUUUACCAGUCCAUCGUCAACAAUAUGUCUGAUGCCAACAAGAACCCCGAAAUCCAACUCGACGCAUCUGUGAGGCAAGGAAACGAUCUCUGUCCACAGGAGUUGGCUUUCCAGGUGGCUCGCAGGAAAAAGAUGAAAAAGGCUUUUGCAAAGUUCAUCGGAGUAAAGGAGUCGGAUAUUCAUGAAAACGACAUCCCCGUCGUCGCCCUUGCCGGAAGUGGCGGCGGAUACCGUGCGAUGAUCUCGUCUCUGGGAUAUAUGACAGCGGCCAAAAAGGCGGGACUGUUCGACUGCACCAUGUACAUGGCAGGAGUGUCAGGAAGUUGCUGGAUGAUUGCUCAGUAUCUCACCCUGGGCCAGAGAUCGUUCACAAAGACCAUGGAGCAUUUUAAGCAGUCGUUAAACACACCUAUCGCACAUUACCCCUCCUUCAUCGACACCAUGCUCACCAACCCUGGAGCAGCACAACUCAUUCUGGAAGGCGUUGUUCAAAAGUACAGCAAGAGCCGUGUUCUGACACUGGUGGAUGCCUUUGGAACUGUGCUGGGCUCGCGGCUGCUUAUUCAUCGCGAACGGGAUGGCGACAAUGGCGAGUGGGUUGACCCUUUGGACUUCAAGAUGUCGCAGCAGAGUCGGUGGGUCAACUAUGGUGAUCAACCUCUUCCGAUCUACACCGCAGUCUCUCAUGUUCUCCCUGGAGCAACCUCCCAGCCUGACCCUAUCGAAGAGAUCAUUGUCGAUGACGGAGUCGCCAAGGAUGACAGCGAUGAGCACUACUACCAGUGGUUUGAGAUGACACCCUACGAGUUUGGUAGUGAAGAGACCUCAGCGUGGAUCCCAACUUGGUCGUUUGGUCGCCGGUUCGUUGAGGGCAAGAGCGUGGAAAAGGUGCCAGAGACCAACCUGGCCAUCCUCUUGGGUACAUUUGGGUCAGCCUUCACAGCCACCCUUGCCGAUUAUUACAACGAAGUCCGCCCUCUCCUCAACAAAGCCAUGUCCGACUCUAUGGACACCUACAUCAAAGAGUACUUGGAUGGCAUGUCGUUGAUCCACCCGCUGUCGCCUUCUUGCUUCCCUAACCCGAUCUACAAGCUACCCAACCCCGAACCCGAGGCCGAGGCCUUCUCUCAGCGCAAGAACCUUUAUUUGAACGAUGCUGGAAUGGACAACAACUUGCCUUUGUAUCCCUUGCUUCGGCCUGGUCGCAAGAUCGAUGUCAUCCUCGCAUUCGACAGCAGUGCCGAUAUCGAGAGUGUCCCUUGGUUUGAGAAAGCCGAUGAAUAUGUUAAGAGACGAGGUAUCGAGCGCUGGCCACCUAUUUCCAAAAAGCGAGCGGAGCAAUUGGCCAAGCAAGAAGGAGGACCUCCCAGGAAGAUGGCCCACGUCGAGAUCUUCCACGGUAUCGUUGCCGACGAUCGUGAUGCCGAUCACGCUGUCCCCGUCGAGAAGUCGACUGACGAUCCCUCACCACCAUCACCCAAGGCUGUCACACCUUUGGAAAAGUCGGAUACCCAUCCUAUCACAUUGAUCUACUUCCCUUUGAUCCCUAACCAGGAGUACCACGAGUUCAACCCAGGCACAGAGGCGUUCUGCUCGACCUUUAACUUUGAGCUGAAGGAGGAUCAGGUCCAGUUGUUGGCGGGGUUAGGCGAGAAUAAUUUUAACAAGGGAUUGGAGGAUGUGAGGAAGGUGUUGAAGGAAACUUGGUUGAGGAAGAGGCAGGAGCGGUUGGAGAAGGAGAAGUUGGAGAAGAAGAUGCAUCGGAAAAGCCAAGUAACUUCGGCCGUAUCUACGUUAAUGAAAGGGAAAUUAGAUGCCCCCAAACCAAAAUAG